CAGUUGCAGUCAAAAUGAUUCAACCACCUUGACCUGUAAAGCAUUCUGCUGCCGUGAACAAAAAGGCGUCAGGCAUCAGUAAACUAUUAUAGAACAUUUAUUAAUACACAUUUGAGUGAUUGAGAAUGCAAAGUUAAUGAAAAAAAUCACAUUGGCUCUGAACAGGCCACUCAGCCUUCUACAGCUGAUCCCUGAACCAUGUAUACUUCGUAAUGCUUGUCCUGCUGGAAAGUCCAAUGAUUAUCAGCUUCAUUUUCUACACAGAAGGCAUCACAAUCUUUGCCAAAAUGGCCUGAUAUCUCAAAGAAUCCAUGAUGUCCUUCAUACAGUCAAGAUUUCCACUUUUUUAAGAGCAAAUCACCCUCAUAACAAGACAGGUCGACCUCCAAUUUUGACCAUGGAUAUGGUGUUGUUCUGCUCAUAAGCUUUGUCUUUUUUGCACAUGAAUCUUUCAGUUUGGUCACAUCACUUCAUUACUAUUCUUUCAGAACUUCACAGGUUUAUCCAAAUACAUUUUAGCAUAUUCAAGUCAGCCUUUUUUCUUCUUCUUGAUGAAGAGUGGUGUUCAGAAAGAUGUCCCAACAUGAAGGUCAUGCUUGUUUGGUGUCUGUCUUAUACUCUGCAUUGAAAUGUUUUUCUCUCCUUCCAUCAGAUCAUCUUGCAAGUCUUUGGCAGUAAAUCAAGUGUUUUUCUUAGUUGCUCUGAUCAAGUAUUUUAUUCCCUUUGAGGGUAUUAUGCUUUUUCUCCAACGCCCUCAAAGGUUUUCUGAUAUAACAUUUUAAACUUAUGAAUAAGGUUGCCAGCUCUGUCUCUUGGAACUUUUAGUGACUUGGAAAUCUUCUUGUAGCCACAGACUUUAUAAUGUAAUAAAACAAUUUCUUCACUAUAACUUUUGUGAGAGCACCAUACCAUAGAAAUAAGUGACUUAAAAACAACAAUGUUGAAUAGGGGUUGAAUAAUUAUUACACAUCUGUAUCACAAAAAAAAUAAUAAUAAUAAUAUAACUCAGAAAUAUUACAUUAUUUAUUGACAUUAUCACUUUUAAUAUGCCACUUAACUGUAAUAGAUGCCAUUUAAUCACUGGAAGAAGAAUUUUUUUUAACCUCAAUAGCCACAGCAGUCCUAGCUUCCCCUUCUCCUGAAGCAGGUCACAUGCCAAGCCUUGGUAUGACCAGCAUACUGGAUGACAGGCCAGAUUUCAAACUACUACAAUGCCUUUCCCCCCUUGAAUCAGAUAAGGGAGAUAGUGAUGUUCCUACACAAGAAAUAUCGCACAGGCAGGACCUAGAAACACAAAACCUUCCCUUGUGGCUUUCUGAGUCACCACUGAAAUUGGACUUCCCUCUGAGCUCGAUGAUUGAUUCCUCCUACCCACAUCCACAGGCUGACCUCAUCGUCUGCCAAAAUCGAUUGUGUUCUGACCUUGCAGGAAAUCAAGAAUUGAAGACUUCCUUGUUACAAGAUGAUUAAAUGAGUGGGAGUAGUUCAAACACCAUUCAGCAUGAUGUGAAGGAUGCUAGUGAGCACCCAAAGCAGAGAAAGACGAGAAGACGGAGGAUUGCAACUCACAAGUCAAAAGUGAAUGGGGAUACAGAGUGUCAAAACCUAGAAAAUCAGGAUCAAGUUAAACCCCACAGUAAAAACAUUAAGCCGUCAACUUCUAAUGCACGCUGAGUGAAUACCCGAAUUAUCAAUGCGAACAGAAAAGAAGCUGCAGGUGUGAAGAGAAAAAGAUACAUUUCUCAGUAAGAAAAUGCCUCGUACCGCCAAUAAAAAAUAUGAAGAUGUUUUACCUAAACCAAAAGAUGCAGGCAUUGUAAAACGUGGUCGUGGCAGACGCCCAGGAUCCAAAAAUACUUUCGUAGAUCCCCAAAAAUACUUGUGUAACAAUGCAGAGAAAUUGCCCACUUCAGCACAAGAUGAUUGUGACAUGACAAAAACUAAGACAGACAGUGAGAUUGAACAGGGUAAUAAGCACGAACCAAAUACACAGCAGGAGAAAGGCUCAACAGAAAUUAAAGAAGCAGAUGUUAACAGCAAUUUGGCACAGACGACCCCAAAUUCUCACUUAAAAUAUGAAGUUCUGGCGAAGGGACCAAGUAUCCUUGAUCAAAUUUUCCAUCAGACUGUUGAAAGCCUCGCUUGUAGGAGUUCUCUGAAUAUUGAUCAGCAGCUAACAUCAAGUCUGGGAGACACGUCUUUUAGCCUUCAGAAAUUCAGAGGGAAAAGUGAGAAUAGUAAAUUAGUAAUGAAUAGCAGUGAACUGAUCGAAAAGGGCAUUUGUGGUAAGAAAAAAGCAGAGACUUCUCUGCUGAGAAACGAGAAGGAAGAUAUGAAGGUAUCUGACAACCAAGUAAGGUCACCGUUGUCGUGUGGAGACAUGCCAGAUAACGUGAAAUGUUCGGUUAAAGAUGGAGAAACUGCCACUGAGGAGAACUUAAGUAGAAAAGCCACUGUGUUACAGAAUACUGAUUCCCAAAAUGAGAUGGGGAAAGACAUUCAGGACAGAGCACCUGAGAUUUCUGUCCCGUUAACAGCUGAGGAGGAUAUAAUGAAGGAAAAUAUGAGGCCGGCUGAUGAUAUUGAUGAUGCUGAUCAUGCUGUGUCACCCACAAAGAAAGACUGUGUCGGUUCUUUCAUUGAACUGACAGUGUUGGAGGGAAUAGGAAUGACGUUCUGUAUGAAUCCUGAUAGAACACCAGCAGAACAUCUCAGAGAUGAACAGAACUCUGAAGCUACAGUUUCUAAUGAGUGUUCAUUUGAGGUGACAUCAGACGAAGACGUUCAGGCAGCACAUGGUGUUAACACCCAGGAGGAUAAGGGGGUGGCCGACUGUUUAGAGAAAGAGGAGGAUUCUGGUAGGAGCAAAGAGGUUCAGAUGAUUGAAGAAACUAUGGAAGGAGAAGAAACUGAAUUUCUGAGGGCAAAUGAAUUUGUAGAGGAAAAUGCGUUGCUUGCUUCAGAUGAUGGCUGUGGGGAAACCACCAGUGGUUGGGAUGAUAAUGAUGAAAUUAAUGUGGAGGGGGACCAAUACAGUGUUGAGAUGAUUGAUGGACGGACCCUUCUGGGGGAAGAUCAGUUGAGUAAAGAACACAUUGCAAGUGCUAAGACUGCAGAAGAUGCAUCAAACAGAGCUCUGACACUUAGAAACACACAGGAAAUAAUAAGCAGAGAUGAUGCUUCUGUCCAGACUGGAGUAUCUUUCACAGCCCCAAAGUGUGCAGUGAAGAUAUCUUAACGGUGAUGUCCAGUUCAGAAUCAGGAGAUGACUGCCACUCAGAUGAAGAUGAUGUUGAAGUAGAUGUUGUAGAGGAGUCUGUAGAAGAUCCAUUAGGGCUUUUGGCAGCUAAACAGCUUGUCACACUGCCUACUGAAGGUCUAAUGGACCAAGAGGAUGAGUUGGGUGCCACUGAAGAUGAGGAGGAGGUGGAUGUCACUGGAGAAGAGACCAAAUGAUUGUCUAUGUUCAUGUUAACAAUACAUGUUUAGCACUUUAAAGCCAAUAGCAGAUGUUUGAGCCAAUUUCUUAACCAAAGGUUUAAUGUAUCAAAUGGUGAGAAGAAUUCUCCCCGUUUUUUUUUUUUUUUUGUCUCAAUUUGACCCUACUUAUGUGAAUUAGCCUAUCAAUUCAUUUAAUUUAUUCUUGAUUGUCUCACACACGCUUAGUUACAUAUUAAAAUUAUGUAAAUAAAAUAAAUGUUCAUAUUACACUUUUCUAAGUGUGAUGUGUAAUGUGUAUUUAUUUAAUGUACUUCGCGAUACCUAUUUGGUAUAAUUAUUUUGGUCUGACUUUGAUAUAUAGUGCAUGUGUAAAAUAAAACACAUAAGUUUCCCAAGGUUACCUAUAUUCCCAAAAAUAUUAAA